GACAAAUUGCACAUUUUAGUACAAAUUGUGUUUAUUAAAUAUAGUUCAAACCCGAAAUUUAAAAAAGAAAAUCACACAAAAACAUAAAACGUAAAAUGGAUACAGAAUCUGAUGAGCCCGAGGGCUCCUGGGCUUAUAAUGUGAGAGAAACGGAUAUACAUUGAAAGUAAUAUUAUUAUAAAACCACUUUCAACAGCAAACACACCAAGCACAUUCGAACUUCAAAAAAUUACGUAUGAUGAAGAUCACCAAGGCCCAUUCAUUGUAUACAUAGAUAUAAAAAAUAGAGGAAAUGAACGAAGUGCUAUAAAUGCGGUCGCGAUCGCUGGUUUAAUAAAAAAACUAAAAUAUGGAUACGACGACAUCAAUGAAAUAAGUAAAGCUGGUUAUGGGAGAGUCAAGGUACUAUGCAAGACUGCAAGAGUUGCAAACGAUCUAUGCAACAACCAACUACUGCGGGAUAAGAGAUACGAACCAUAAAUCCUUCAACAUUGUAUAUCCAAAGUGGGCAUCAUAUUCGAUAUUCCCACAGAGAUUACAAUGGAGGAGCUCAUGGAAGACGUACGCAUCCUAAAGAUGUUAAGGGUGGAAAUCAAAUCCAAAAAUGAAAAUGAAGAAGUAAAAAUUCCAACAAGAAUAGUGAAAGUAUUUUUCAAAGGCCAAACGAUCCCUGAACACAUAACUUAUGCCUACACAAAAAUUAAAGUAAGCCCCUUCGUAGCGUUAACUCAGUGUUACAAGUGCUACCGUUUUAACCAUUUUGCACAACAUUGUAAGAAAACUAGGUCAAGAUGCAAAAAAUGUUUUCAAAUAUAUGCAGUAAAAGAAGCAUGCCAAAAGUUAAUAUGUGUAAACUGUAACUUCGAACAUGCACCAACAGCGAAAGAAUGUCCAGCAAGGGUAAAAACGUACAUAAUCAAAAGAACGAUGACCCUAGAAGAAAGCUCUUACAGAGAAGCCCACAGAAAAGUUGCAGGCAUCUUAGGUAACCGUUUUGAACUUUUGGACAAUUACGAUAACAAUUUCCCCGAAUUACAUAGCAAACGUACUAACAAUAUGCAUCAAAAUAAUAAAUCCACAUCAUAUAUCCGUAAAAUAUUACCAUUUACUAAAGUAAUUAAAAGCAAUAUUAACAAUACAAAUAAAAAUAGACGCAGAGAACAGGCAAAUGCAAGAAAUACUAUGCAGGAAUGGAGAGAAACAAUCAAACCAAUUAAAAGCAAUGAAAUCAUUCAAUCAACACGAAAAUUACAAGAAACACGAAACACAGUGAAUUACUAUCUAAAAGCAUUGAAGGCAUCUUAAGAAUACAUGUAGAAAACACAAUAAAUCAUAAUAACUUAUUACCCGCAAGAUAUUAUGGUUUUCGAAAGCAUCACUCUACUGCACAAUGUAUUAAUGAUGUGAUCAGCACAAUUGCUUUACUUGAAAAAUAAAAAUGCCAAGGAAUGGCUGCAUGUAUCGACGUGGAAAAAGCAUAUGAUUCUGUGGAUGUGGACAUUUUAAAAGAUAUACUAUCUACAACUCAAAUUAAUGCUAAAGUAACGGAUUGGAUUAUUUCAUUUUUAAAACGAAGAUAUCUCAAACUAGAUCAUCAAAAAGUGAUCACUAACAACGGUUUAGCACAAGGUAGUGGCUUAAGUUCAACACUUUUUAAUGUAUACACUACACAAUUACAGCCAAUAAUAGAUGAAAAUUGUAAACUAUUGUUAUCAUCAGAAACGGGACCAAACCCAAAAUAUUCUGAAAGGAAAAAUAAAAGAAUUUAUCACUGAAUGCAACAAAAUCAAUUUAAAAAUAAACCUUAAUAAAACCAAAAGUAUAUAUUUCAACCGGCGUAACACACAAAUAGAUAUUCAUAUAAAUAAUAGGGGAAUAUUUAGUAUCGCGCCGGUUAAAUAUCGUUUAUGGA